AUGGACGGUGGAAAGAAAGUUUGGGUCCCUGACAACGAACAUGGCUUUCGUUUGGGAGAAAUUGUCGAUCUUGGAUCGGACACGAUCACUGUUGAAGUCGAUGGUUCAAAGGGAAAGGUCUGAUUGACAGAUAUGAGCUUAAUUUCGUUAGCUAAAGACUUUUUUCCCGUUUAUAAAAAUGUAGAUAGAUAAGCUUAAAUUUUUUUUUGCAAUCUUAUUGUAGGUCGUCACGGCUUCCUAUGAUCGAGUUUUCCCGUCAGAAAAGGAUAAUUCGCGAGAUUUUGAAGAUAAUUGUAAGUUGCCAAAGAACGCUAGGUUGCUUGCACACGCGGGUGAAGCUUGUAUUAAGCUCAAUUCCGCUAAAAAAGUUAAGCGUGGCAUUAAAUUCCAAAUAAUUUUUCUGGCUUUAGUUUGAAUGCCAGUACUUAUUUUGAUCUGAUAUUUCGAUAUUUUGUUAUUGUUUUUGGGUAUUGGAACCUGGCAGAUGUUUUGGCAUUGCUUGAAGCUACGAGAUAAUCGAGUUUGUCUUUAGCAGACGAUUGUGUAACUUAAUGAAAAACUUAAUUUUUGUUGUACUAGCGUUUAACACCGCAUUUUUUUUCCCAUUGCGAAGUUGCUACAUGUAUGUUCGAAAUUGAGUGGUUUCAUUACAUGUGGAGGGAUCAGAAUGUUGCAGAUUUAGAAAAUUAAUAAUUAAAUUGAUUGGUUGCACCUCUGAUUGAGGUGUGAGAUUUUGAAUGGGUUAUGCAUACUUUUUUUUUCAAAACGAGGGCCUAUUUUCAACCGAACUGUAAUAUUCCUAACAACGGUUAUUAUAAAUUUAACAGAUAAAUGAUCGUGCCGUUUCCCUUUGGCUUACACCUCAAAAGAUUGAGCCUCAGUUAAUUUUUGUUGUUGUAGAAUUGAGUGAAUAAGUGAAGAACAAAGAAUUUGAUUAUGUACUUAUUGACUAAGUGGGAGGUUUGAACAGGAAAUUAGUUGGCUUGUGGAUUCAAACAUUUUUAAGGAGUCUUGGGAAGUUGAAAUCCUGGGUUGAGAAUAGUGAGCAAUGAGAACUCUGAUGUGCCAGACGUAAUGAAAGGGAACCUGAAGUUUGGUUUUUCGCUUUCAGAUGGAACGCUUCCAUCUAACCCAACUUUUGUUUUUACGCCUGUAUACCUGCCAAGUGUUAUGCCUAAGGAGUGAUUGUCACGCCUCUGGAUUGAAAACUUCGAUCUCAUGCCUACUUACGCCUGUGUUCCAAUUUCUUAUCCUGUUAAAAAUGUUUGAGCUGUUACAGCAUUGACUGUCGUAUUUUGAAACAUAUAUUAAUAUUAUUAUUUAAAGAAACUGGAACUAAUGAGAAAAGAAAAGUCCAUGUGAAUGAUUGACUUUCCUAAAUUCUCUUAUUUUAGUAGGGUUAGGUCAUCUUCCUUCGUGUUCUCGCGCUCGUGUUAGCCAGAACCCUUCACAGCAUCUUCAGAAUGUCCUUGGAAGUCUUCGGAACGUCUUCAGUUAUUAACAGGCCACUACAAAAAAUCCUGAAAGUCUCAGAUAAAAAUGUCAUGCCUAUAAAUAAAAAAAGGUUGACAGGUAUACUCCUGUAGCAUGAGUUAUCAAGUCAGACUAUUGAGAGAGAGAAACAAUGAACUUCUAGUUGUUGUUUUGAAGUUCGGGAAAACAUCAACGUUCUCUCUGCUAAAGCUCACAAUUCAACCCUUUUUGGCUUUUAAGGAUUUUUUUGAUUCAGCUUAGCUGGUCCUCCAGCAGUGUGUUUGUUGCCUGAGUCACGCCUUGCCAAAUUUUCUCGCCAUGUAUAGAAUCAUCGGAUCAUUAUACGUUUCUGGAAAACUGCCCCCCUACCCCUACCCCAAGCCAACUUUAAGACUUUCUUCUCACUUAGGGCAAAAUGUUGGCUUAAGGGAGGGGUAGGUGGAUGGUUUCCUAGAAACAUACAUGUAUAAUGAUCCAAUUCAUCUUAGACAAUCAAAGCAGUGUACAUAGUACAAUAUCUAGCAACAGUGAACAGAGUUUAACAGGUUCUGCUUCUCUUUUUGCUGUGUUGGUCCAUUCAUGAAAAGGUACGACUUUACUCUUUACUUACUUUACUUACGUACUCUUUAUAAUCUGCAGGUUCAUUGAUGUUUCUAAAUGAAGCAACUUUAUUACACAACUUGAAAAUCAGAUACCAAAAGGAUAAAAUAUAUGUAAGUUUGAAUUUGAAUGUUUAAGUGACAUUUCUGGAUGGUUUCUUCUAAAAAAAAGAGAGAGAAAAGGACAAGAAACAGUUACAUUUAUUACAUAUCUACAUAAUGGGGUUGUUCAUAACUGAAGGAAUUCUCUUCUCAUGCAGACCUCUUUCUUUUUCUGUUAACAAAAAAAUAUUGCUUAUGGCCAGCUGCUAUUAACCUGUGCCACAGAACUAAACCUCUGGUUAAGUCCGUGUGAGCCAGUGCCUUAAUCCUUGUUCUGGGCUCCCACCUGUUUACCUGGAUUUGAUUACGCACCUUGAUUGGCCUGUCAAAGCCUGGUUUUCACUAGCGCUUAAGCAUAAGCACAUGUGUAAGCAACUGAAAACUAGGUUGAUAUAAACAUGAGCAUAAUCACAAGAAAAAUGGACAAGUUCGUUCUUCUUGUGCUUGCGCUUAUGCUUUAUGUCGUAGCUUUGACUAGUGAAAACGGGAUUGGCAUAAGCACAAGCAUAAGCACAAGGCCGUAGACUGGUCAAUCAUAGGCCACUUUAAUCCGGACCUCAUAUGAACAUAUCAAAAGCAAUAUGGUGGAUGAAUGGUCCGCCUCUUGUUUUCCAUCAGGUUAUGGAGAGCUGGUAUUGAGAAUUGAGUCAAAUAUGUCAUUUUGCACGUGCUGUGUCCUUAUGCUUAUGCUUAUGCGCUAGUGAAAACCAGGCUUAAGAAAACCAUUGUCAAUUUGUUAGUCAGGCUGAAGGGAAAUUCAAAAUGCACUUCUGGUACAUAUAAUUCAUUAAGUUCUUGCCCCAUUUUUGUUGCAAGCACUGGCAGCUCUCCACCACCAAAAUUUUCCACAAACUCGCACCUUUAGCUCGCAUGCUACAGUGAUUUUGUUACCUCUGUGUCCUGCAUCCCUGACACAUAAAAAUCCUUAAAGAUGCAAAAUAAUUCAUGGCAUGCAUCCCAUAGGAUGCAAAGAUCAAUCAAUCGAGCCAUGUGUUUUUGUAGAAAUAUCUUGUUCGUGUAAUUUGUGUAGCGGCUACAUGCAUUUAAUGGUUGUUGUUUAACGAUGCAAAUUUAUUUUAGCCUUUGUUGCUUUAAAAUAGAAGGACUAUAUUUUAACAGUAUACCGUGGUAAAGGGUUUUGGGUCUGUCUUCAUAUUAUUUAACUGUCUGGUUACAUAAAGGCCCAAGCAUUUUCAGUUUCGGAUUCGUGGUUUUGACUGAGACUCAUUGGUUCUAGACUGGGACUCAUAAUUUUUCACAAAAUGAGUCCUAGGACUCACCACUUAACUAUUUGUAACAAAAUCACUGAGGCUAUAAGUACCUCGGCACUUCAUUGUUUCUGGGUCCCACUGUAAUGCGCAGUUUUAUUUCUGUAAUGUUCAGACUUAUGUUGCCAACAUUUUGCUUGCGGUCAACCCGUAUCAUGAGGUCAAAGAUCUUUACUCCAAGGAGAGAAUCAGACAGUAUCAUGGGAAGUCUUUGGGUGUGUUGCCUCCACAUGUGUUUGCUAUUGGUAAGAACUAUGUGAAACUCUUCUAGAAAAUUAAGUGUGAUUUUGGUGAGAUUCUGAUAGAUGUGUGUAUUGAUGUAUUUGAUUUAUACUGAAUCAAGAUGUCUUGGAUUUCAGCUGACAAAGCAUACAGAGAUAUGAGGGCUUACAAACAGAGUCAGUCUGUGAUUGUCAGUGGUGUGUAUUUUUUUUUUUUAAUUUUUGUACAUUCUAGGUUUGUUGUUUAAUAGUGUUACUGAAACUGUCACCUAUAACCACCCCCCCCCCCCCCCCCCCCCCCCCUCCCCCCUCUAACAAAAAAAAAAAUAUUUAUUAAAAAUAAACACCCCACAACAAAACUUGAUAUCUCUAUUGCUUUUUUAAAAAUUGUAUUUUUUAUUAAAUGUUUUUUUUUUUUAUUUUUGUACAUUUUUGUUUUUUUGUUUAAAAGUGUUACUUAAACUUGUCCCCUAAAACACCCCCCCCCCCCCCACCCAGGUCCAUCUACCUGUAAAUGAAAGAAUACAUUUGAUUAAUAAUAUAAGCCCCCAAAAUAUUAGUGUCAUAGCUCUUGGUCUUAUUAAAAUGGAUCUGAUUUAUUAUGAUGUUUUGAAGUGUCAUCAAAAACCAGUAAAUGCCACACGAUAAGCACUUCUAUCUAUAGUUUAUUUCGAAGAGCUUUUUCUAUUCUGGUCAUAAGGCUCCUUGGAUAUUGGCGCCUCUGUUUAUAAGCACUCCAGCACUCCUAAAACCUCUUAUGACGAUGUGUAAGCCUAAGGUUUAUUAGUGUUUAUGUUUUAUUACGUGUCUCAACAUUCAAAAAAACAAAACAAAACACAAAAACUUAGGGCCAUCUAGCCCCCUUACUGAAAGAUGGUAAGCUGGAAUUAAAGGGAGCCCAGUGCUCUGAACCUGUGAAAUUCAAGGUUCCCAGCAUGUGAUUUCUAUGUAAACACUAAUAUUCCCUAGUUGCCCAAGAGAAAACUUAAUGCACCACCUGGUGCUGCUAUAACAGAACCCUUGAACAGGUGAUAUUUAGUGGGAUUCUUGCUCUAUUGUUUAUUAUCAAAGUUAUUUUUUGCUGGUUUGGGCUCCCCUCAUUUGGUGGGAAUGGGAGUCAACCCAUUUUGUUGUUUGUUUUCAGGUGAAAGUGGUGCUGGAAAAACAGAGUCAACAAAGUAUAUUCUAAGGUAUGUGGAUGUGAAAUUUUGACACUACUUUUAAUCUGGAUUAAUUUUUUUUUCUGACAGACGUAAUCUUUGUUUUGUCGCAGAUAUUUGACAGAAUCAUGGGGAUCAGGUGACCAAGGCCGCAUUGAGCAGAGAAUACUUGAAGGUGAGGUUAAAAAUGCACGGAAUGUUUUAAUACCACUACUAUACCGUACACUGUGGCUACAACUGCAAUGUAUACCUCAGAUAUAGGUGAGGUAAAUAAGUAACUGGGCACACGAGCUAUAGGCCCAAAUGGCCAGACUUUAUACUGGUUUCCGUAGCAUGAAGCAUGUCUAGGAGUAUUGCUACUCCCCCCUGGACAAGAUGCUAGUCCAUUACAGGGUUACCCCCCAGGCAGUAUGUCACUGGUACCCAUUUAUACACCUGGGUGAAGAGAGACAUAGUGGAGUAAAGUUCUUUGCCUUUAAAACUCGACUGGUGAGGCUUGAACCUCGGACCUCCAGAUCCAGAGUUUUUAAGGUCAGAAAUAAAACCUUAAAAAGCAAAUUCAGUUUAAUAAGAAUCCCGGAUCAAAAUUUAACUCCAGGUUAGUGCUAAUCGUCCUUUGAACGACUGUGCCUAGAUCUUUACAUUCAUCUGCAGCCUAUAGUGCUGAUUUGUGGGCAGUUAUGCUAUAGCUUAUACCAUACAGUUAUUUCUACCUCUACUGAUGUUAAUUUGUAAUUAUAGCUCGUAAUAACUAAGAAAGAAAAAUGCUUUACACAGGCUACAAAAAUGAAGAUCACAAAAAAUGCCAAAAAGUUUCAAAAUCAUCACCUAGAAACAUGAAUAAUACAUUAAAAAUUUUGAAAUAAUUAAAUUAAGGUAUGUAGAAUGAAUUGUUAAUUCUACUGUCUAAAUACAGUGUUUUAAAUAUAGUUUAUUGCCAGGUGAGCUUUUUAUACAAGAAAAAUGCAAUUUAAUGGGUAUUGAAUGAUUGAAAAAAAAAAUUAAAAACAAUGGAAUGAUUGGAUUCUUCAUACUUUAGUACUAUUGCAAGGCACGUAUAGAGAAGUAAUAUUAAUGCCGUGCAUGCAUUUUCACAGGAAGAUUUGCAUAUGUUAGUACAAAAUUAAUGUAGUUGUUCCCAUCAGUGAGACAGUCGAUCUGUUGAAUAAAACCUCUCUGAAUAGUGGAUCUCUCUGAAUACAAUUUUCAUAAAUUUGCACCAUCUUUUUUUGUUAUCUGUUUAUUUGUGGUAGCCUGCAUUGCAACUGGCCUACUCAUUGCCAUUAAUUUUGUAUAGACUGUCUUCAAAUUAGUGCACCAAAGCUUGUCCUGAUAUCCAGCAGAAUAGCAAGGAUAUAUGUGAGUGUUUUCUGAUAGGUUGGGUUACGUGCCUUAUGAUUGGCCUGAUUGUUACAUGUGCAUGAUGGUUGGGUGAAGUGAGAUGUCAAAAUUCACAGCAUGAAAGGAGAUGGCGAGGAAAGUUUAUGGUAAACAAAGAAAUUGCAGUUCGAACUUGAAAGAAAAAAUGUGCUUGUAAAUUUGCUGACUGGUUUUCCAGCGUGACUCUUCCAAUCACUGCAGAUGCACUGCCGAGUAUUCCGCAAUCUAGUGGACUGUGAGUUCAGCUAGCAUCAGAACAAAUCAGGAAGUCAUGAAAUUCACAGAAAAAAAAAAACUACACACAUAUAGUGCAGCUAUUCAGGUCCAGGCAUUUUGGAGAAAACCAGAGAAACUAACCAGCUUCAUGAACUCAAAGCGGUGAAAGUAAGAUUUGCUCAUUCAAAGUUUAGAAUAUAGUCCAUGCACAGGAUAAGCAACAAAACCCUCUUUUGUUCAAGCUGGCUCUAAGGUCACUUUUUACAUUUAUAUCACAGGCUCAUUCUCUCUUGUCGUGAGCUAUGAGUGGCCUGACGGAGUGAACACUUUAUUUCAAAUUUGACUAAUCAUGAACUACAAAAGAAACUAGCCAAUCAAAAACGUCCUUGUGACUCUGCGGGAUUCGAACUGAUGUUUUGCACUAAUUUGCAGCAACCCUAUACAGAAGGUUUAGAGUGUCUGUGAUAAUGCAGACUAUUGAUGUGGUUGCCUUUACAAGAUGAUCUUGCUGUGAGUAAGAUACCGUUGUGGGCAGGCAUUGGGAUUUAAAGUGUCCCAGCCCAGUCUGCCCUUUCAGUAGAUUUAAUAAAGCUCUUCCCCAAGUUACACUUGGUACAUUUGAGAGCAAGAUUUCUGCCAGUUAUGGCAAGUGUUGAUCUUGAUGAUCUAAUGAAAAUUAACAUUAUAGGGAUUGUAAACAAUCUUUACAUAGAUAAAAGGCAUCAGUCUCUGCAAGGUAUACGUAUGUAAGUGGCCCUGUGGGAUAAUUGUUAGAUGUAAAAAAUGAUGAUUCAUUGUAGAGGAUCUCUACAGUACAUGUCUGUAUAUUGUUUUGUUAUUCUUUGUAGCAAAUCCUUUACUUGAGUCAUUUGGAAAUGCUAGAACUGUACGUAACAUCAACAGCAGUCGGUUUGGCAAAUAUGUUGAAGUCCAUUUUAAUGAAAAGGUGAGUAAAGCAAGAAAACAACAAUAAAAUAUUAUAUGAUAGGAACAGAUUGAUUUAGUUGAGGUUUAAGAGUUACACUGUAGCGAAGGAAAAAAUCUUUUUUUUGCAAGGAUCUUAUUUAAACAAUUCAAGAUUGAAAUACUGUAGUUAGUAUGACGUUUUACAUAUGUCUUGAUUUUCUCUUCUGAGUAUUGAAAAGGGAAUUCUACAUGUAUCUCACACUGGCUAACAUGAUACAUGUAUUAGAGGAGAUAAAUUUAUUAACCCUUUGACCUCUAAAUUUUAAGGGAAAUUUUUGACAAAACGAUUUAUGAUCAGCCAAUUAAUAAUGAUCCUGUUCUUUUCCGUCCUUAAAUAAUGGGUCACAUUCUCUGUCUAAAAGACCAAGCAAACUUGGCCAGAAAGACACUUAUGGCUUGAAAACACAAUUUACACGUACUUGCAAUUUAUUGUCAACCAAAUUAGUAGGGGGUCCCUUACGGGGCUCUGUACUACUAAAGGGCCUUUCUGACAUUUUGCCAACUUAAAGAGGGGAAUUGUAAAACGAUUUCUGUUCCUCACUUUUAUCACAGCGUUGCUGAGUGCUGUUGUUCAAGCUGCCUGUAGGAAACAGCAAACACCCCAACUGGAGGGGAAGGGAGAGGGGGUGUGAAUUUUUUUGUGCUCUGAAGUUACCCUAUUUGAGGAGAGUGUCUCAACAAUUUUGUUUCUGAUUGUACAUAUAGUUACCCUACCCUGGGUAUUAGAGCUUUUUCUUUCACUUCUUGCCACUGAUAAGUGAGAAGACCUCUGGCAUCCAGGGUAUGCAGUAUAGUCAUCCUUACUGUACUUCAAAAUAAGAACCACGCAAUCUUUAAAAUUCCAUGCCUUAACAUUUUUCAACCAGGUGACUGUUGUUGGUGGGUUUAUCUCGCAUUAUCUUCUGGAGAAAUCUCGUAUCUGCAAACAGAGUCAUGGAGAAAGGAACUACCAUGUGUUUUACAGGCUCUGCUCAGGUGCUCCUCAACAGCUAAAAUCAAAACUAGGGAUCACAAAGGCUGAGGAUUUUCUGGUAAGCUUACAUCACAGAGUGUUUGCUGAAGUGACAGUGUUUACAAGUUUGCUAUUUAGUAAGACCAUCUUUUAUCAACCCAUAUGGGACUUAUUUUUGCCGAAGACACAUUUUGAAGCUAGUCAAGCUGUUUUCUGGUCACUGUCCGGCUAUUAAGAGCUAAAACGUGCCAAAAAGUCAUGUGGUGUGCCCGUAGAUGGAGGCAUGCACAGGAAGAAAAACUUUUGAAAUCAGUCUUGACAUUUUCGUUUUGCUUUCCCUCAUCCUUCUUUAUUAAAAAAAUAAAUAAUGCUAAUUUUAUUGUCUGGUUUUCUCUCUUUUGCUGGUGUCAUUAAUUUAAUACCCUUCAUUUUGGUGAGAAAAGCUUUUGGGGAAGCUUUUAGGAUUGUACGAUUAGAUAGUAGGUAGUCCAACAAGAUUUUUCUCAAAACUUUUUGGUUCAAAAUCACAUGAUUUUUGCCUUUUACGCCAGCCUCCUUGACUAAGUCAUGCGCAUUUUGAUAUGGUUUGAAAGAUCUUUUGCUGCCCCACAGGUUAAGCAACAAAGUUGUCCUUGUCCAUUAAAACAGUACUGAUGAUGUUGCAAGUGAUACAAGGGGAAAUGGGUGAAGUUGUUUUGGGGUUGCAGUGUGUGUGACAAUUUGUUUUUCUCUGUAGUACCUAAAUCGAGGAACCAUUAAAGACAAAAAUCUUGAUGAUGCAUCAGACUAUCGCCGAAUGGAGGAAUCCAUGAACAAAGUUGGUUUCUCGGAAGAAGAAAAAGCUAACAUUUUCAAAGUUGUUGCCGCUGUGCUUCAUAUAGGAAACAUUGCUUUUGAAGAAAGUCAAGAUAAAGAUGGUAACAUUAACCUGCAUCUAUCAAAAACAUAUUUUCUAACUAGAAAAGCACAUGAAAUGCACUGAAUGCAGUCUCUGCCUGAUUACGAGGCUGAGCUCCAACAGAGCCCAGUUGCCCCCGGCACCCAACUUUUUCUCUUGGGCAACUAGAAAAUCUUACUUUUUUGACACAAAUCAUAUGCUGGACACCCAGUGAACACCCUAGAUUUUACAUUUUCAGUGCACUGGGCUCUACAUUAAAUUUUUCUUGAGCACAGCCUUAAAAUUAAUUCCAAGCACAUUGUAGUGCUUUUAUUGGAAUAUUUUUUAAAAAACCAAGUAGAUUUAGAUUUCUAAUAACAUGGAACAUGAUCCAUAUGCAAAACAUUGUCCCUUUUUGGUGUUGCAUCUUUUGGGCCUCAGAUCAUGACAUUAUAAACCAAAUGCAGUGAAGUAUGUUGCUGAAAAAAAAAAAUAGUGGCUUUCGUUUUCUGAGCUGUGCACCUGUAAAUGUAUCUGAAAAGCAAAUGAGAAUAUAAAUUCAACAACUUAAUUGUAGCUACUGUAUUUGUUAUUGCAACUGCAUGCCCUUAUUAGUUUUUAUAAAUAAUUCAAAUUACAUUGCUUGUUGGCUCAUGUAAACACGUAUGUUGUGAUGCUAUCUCUGUGCAGCUGGCUGUUUUGUUGGAGCAAUUGACCAAGAAUAAUGUGCAAAGAAAGCAACAAUAUUGUUAGGUGUGGUACACACACCAUGGUAAAAAGCAUUUCCCAUGUUAAUGAAGCCGUGGUAAAUUUUGAUGUGAGUUUCUUUGAUGUAAACAUGGAUAUUUCCAUGGUAAAUUUGUCUCGUGAAAGUCCGGUCACAAGCACCACAUCAGUUUCCUGCAGUAAAAGGGUUAUUUACCACAGUAAAAAGGUUCGGUGUAACUGCACUUACUGGCAAAGCUGCAAGUCAAGCUGAGGAUAAGGGAGAAAUCUCAUUCCCCUGAUUUAGUUCAAGGCUUGUUCUGGUAGCAUCUUCUUUUUUCUUCACUGGACUUUGAUGAAACUGCCAGCUGCACAGAAUAGUUGGUACCUGUCACAUGAAAGAUUAAGGUAUAUCAGUCAGGUUCAUUACUUGUACUGUCAGCUAAUGCUAUUUAAUAAUUCUUGUAUUUUAAGGUGGUUCAGCUAUGUCAUCAAAGAGCACCAACUCACUGAAUACUGCCGCUCAGUUACUGGAUGUGUCUCCAGAAGAGCUGAAGAUGUCAUUAACGACAAGAAUGAUGUCAGCUGGAGGGUCUGACAUGAGGUCUGAGCAACAACAGCGUCAUCAAAUAUUGUGCUGUAUCAUUCCAGUGGCUUUAAUAAUGGCUUUAUUAUUGCUAACCACUAAACAUAAUUGAAUAAACUGAUCUAACCACUAAUCAAGGCAAAAAUCUUCAUUUAUUCAUGUAACUUAAGCUAAUCAGUAUCACUAUGAAGCAUUACAUUAUUAUCAUAAUUAGCUGUUUAAAUUUAAAGGUAAAGGUGAUGAUGAGGUACAUGUAGUUUAUAACAGGUUGGUAAAGAGUGUGCAACAUUUUUUUGUGCAAUAUUAUUGCUAACAGUAGUUAGUUAAUACAUCCUGUGAACAAAAAUUUAACAAUAAGUGAGGUAAUUGUUUAACAUUAUUGCUUCAAAUUAAACUCUUAAUCACGUUCAUUUUUCUCCUUAAAAUAUCCGUACAUCAUCAAAAAUGAAGUCAGAAUUAAGAUUGUAAUAACCCAAAAUGAAUUUGUUGUUUGUGCAACGUUUCCUAUUUUCUUUUCUAAAAAUAUUUGUUGAUGGGAGAUGAGAAUUUGUGGUUAAAAGAGUAACGAGAUAAACCAUUUGAAAACUCAACAAAUGCCUCCUGCAAUUGAGCUUCUAGACAUCACAGUAUCUAAAACAUCUUUGAUCUUGCCAGAACGGUUAAUAUUACCACAUCAGUUGUAGACAUGUCAAUAGACUUAGUCUCAGGUUAGUCUCUUAGUAACAGUAGUGUUAAAUACUUCAAUGAGCGCAUUGUGAUGUGAUUGCUUGGAGGUGACAAGUAGUUUGUCUUCUGUUGUCUUUUCACAGGGUGCCACUAAAGCCAGAACAGGCCAGUGCUGCAAGAGAUGCAUUGGGCAAAGCGCUUUACACCAAACUGUUCGAUCAUAUUGUCGCCCAGGUCAAUCAGUGCUUCCCAUUUGAGAGUUCUUCCACUUACAUUGGUGUGCUGGAUAUUGCUGGUUUUGGUGAGUCUACAGCAAAGGAGUGUCAAACUUGUGCCAAGUGGGGGUAAGGGACAGGGGGAGGUUGGGAGGGGAGCACCAGCCCUCCCUCCUCCCCCCUGAUCCCUUACAUUGCAUUUCGGCUCCUUCGCCUUUUUUCAUGGCCUCCUCCCUUUAACCCUUUUUCGAUUUCAAAAUAUUAAGCUUUUUUGCAUAAUUUCUCUCGCUGCCCACCAGAGAACCUUUCCCUUCUGCUCUCUCCUCUACCAUCUGCCUUACCCCUCCCUCCCUUUUUCUCCCAGAAUCCCACACCCCUAACGUCCCUCACAAACGAAAGAUCCUGAGAAAACGUUGAGGAAUAUACAUGUACAUACUGUUUUGGCUCCUGCUAGGUUGGAGCAGCUCAUAGUGACAUGACCAAGGGUCUCACUGGCUAAUUAUCAUUCCAAAGAGUCGACUUUCCUCUUUACAGUACUCGUUGUUAUGGCUUCUGUAUUUUUGAGGGAGCAAAGUUGUCAUCGCGGGUAACAAUUCAUUCCCGUUUCUGCUCAACUCUUGACUUUUUUUUUUCACCUCUUUUUUACCGACCCCUGUUAUUAUGAAUUACAUGUGUCUCAAUACAUACUUUGAUUUUUUUGUUGUUUUUUCACAGAAUAUUAUGAAUUCAACAGUUUUGAACAGUUUUGCAUCAAUUACUGCAAUGAAAAGCUUCAACAGUUAUUUAAUGACAGGAUUCUUAAACAAGUAAGUAUAGUGAGCGCUUUGACUUCACAUCAACAUUUGUUGAAGAUUCUUAGGCAGCUACCAUUAGCCACUGUUAAUCGUGUCUCCCCAACCCCACCCUUCCCUGGAGGAACUUUAUGGCACUGAGGGAGGGGGUUAGCCAGGGUUUUGUUUUUUCCCGUUCGUUGACUACUGAACCACCAUUUCUAAUUAGUAUCAUAGCAUUGUUUUGCUAAACUAAAUCGUUUGCUCUGGUGGGAAACUUUUCAUACUCAAUGUCCCUCGCUCAGUGCCACAUUUCCUGAAACCCCCUCUUGAUAUUUUUUGGGUAGUCAUCCAACUGGUCCGCCUCUGAUAGUUUCGUACCAGGCGUUAACAAACUGUAAUCUCUAAAGAUCAAAUGUAAAUUGUUUUUGUACAAAUAUUAGGAACAAGAGUUGUACGACAGAGAAGGUCUGGGAGUGAAGACUGUGACGUACAUGGAUAAUCAAGAUUGUAUAGGUAAGCAUCUAGCAAGUGCGUCUUUUUUUUUCACAAAAUGAAUGAGGGAAAAGAAUGAAUCAGUUUCGAUAUUUUGUAUGAUCUUGAAAUUAUUUUGUGUGAACCAAACCUAAGCAAACAGAAUGGAGAAGAAUGAAAGGCCCGGCCGUGUCAAACUUCGAGCUACCGCUUUGCCGAACUCAAUUCAUGUAUUAUAAAUGCAUUAAACUAAGAAGAAAACAAAUUCGAUGUCUGAAUUUAAGUCGUGCUACAGUGAGCCAACUUAGUGCGGCAGUAGCACGAUAUUUGAAACUAACAGCUUAGAGAAUGAAAUCGAUUUACCAUGGUCAAAACUGAGACCAAAAGCUGACGAUACAAGCGCUAUACCUGCAUCCGAGUCUAUCAACCUCAAAGGAAUGUUUGGUCUCAGAUUUGACUUUUUCAACUCGAACUGGAAAAAAGCCCGCCUGAUUCGUUUAGCCGUUGAUAAAGGUCAUGUUCCGGCGUCGCCUCCACAAAACGUUAAAUAAGGCAUUUUCGCGUCUUAGUCGUGCAGUGAUGGCAAAGAAAUGUAAAUUAAAAGCGAGAUGCACGUGCGGAGUUGUUGUUUCUCCAAUAUAAACCAAUUGCUUUUUUACCGUUCUCAUUGACGUCGCCGUCGUCGUUGCUUAAGCUCCCUAUAAAGGCUCAGACGCAGCCGUUUUUGACUCGUCACGAAACAACGCUCCUCAGGAGCGUUGUGCUACGAAGCAAAAACAGCUGCGUGUGAGACUAGCGGUGGUCGGGUUCCAUGGGAUUGUCGGUGGCAGUAAAAGCACAAGAGGAGAUGAGGGAAAUAUUAAAAAAAAAACAAAACAAAGAACCUUUCAGAAAAACAGAACGGGAAAGCAGCAAUUACUGGAUGAUACGUCUUGUAGGUUUAGCGUACAGGUGUACAUGUAUACAACACUAUAUCAAUGUGUUGGAUAUUUUAGAUCUGAUUGAGGCUAAAAAGACAGGAAUUAUCGACAUUUUGGACGAGGAGAGCAAACUUCCUAAACCAACAGCAGAGCAUUUCACACGAGAGCUUCAUCAGAAACACAAGAAUCACUUCAGGCUGGCGGUAGGUGAAAUUCUGUAGCUUAAGAUAUCAACAUGUUUUCUCUUUUUUGGUAUUCAUUUUUUUUAUUUGAGCAUUUUGUGUAUCUUCUAUUCUACCCAGUUUAUUCUUUCACUUCCAGAAGUGGCCUAAAGUCAACAUUUAACAGUUCCAAAUUUCUUUUGUUAAAUUGCCAAAAAACAGAUAGUACCAUGUGAAAGUACUGCUGAAAAGGUUUCAUUUGAAUGGUAACACCGCAGGGUCUACAGAAUCAGAAGUUAGAACUACUUGCCAAAUAAAUAGUAUCUUAUGAAAGUACUGCUGAAGAUAAUUCAUUUGAGUUGUAACACCAUGAGAUUUCAUUCACAGACUCGGAAGUUAGAAUUACAUACUUAUUAAAUAGUACCAUGUGAAAGUACUGCUGAAGAUAUUUCAUUUGAAUGGUCACACUGUAGGAUUUCGCCCUAACACGAAACAUUAAAAGAAAAAUUAGAGUCCUUCCUGUUCCCGAACACGAUGCUAUAAUCGAGUGACUGAGCAUAUCUGCAAGAGUCCACUUAUCAUACGUCAUAUAUCAGUUUUAUUGACCAGCUGAACUUGUUUCUUUGUGUUAAGAUUCCCAGGAAGUCUCAUCUAAUGUACCACAAGAAAAUGAGAGAUGAUGAAGGAUUUCUGAUCAGACAUUUCGCUGGAGCUGUUUGUUAUAACACGGUAAGUAAACCCUGA